AUGGCUGCUUGGAUUUCUUAUAUUGACUUUCAAUCUGUGGUGGAGAGCAAUUGGGUUAACUCACUUCCCUCUCUUAUGGAUAAAUUGGAGAAACUAGCUUGUAAGGCUAGUGAGUGGAAUAAAGAUAAGUUUGGAAAUAUUUUCAGAAAUAAGAGGUGGUUGCUAGGGAGGAUUGAAGGUAUUCAGAAACCCAAAAAUUAUAAUUAUUCCAACAACCUCCACCUCCUGGAAAUGGAUCUCAUUGAGCAGUACAAUAAAAUCCUCUAUCAAGAGGAGCCAUUGUGGUUUCAAAAAUCUAGAUCCAACUGGAUUACCCAGGGGGAUAGAAACACCAAGUUCUUCCACCUUUCCACCUUGACCAAAAGGAGGAAAUGUAAAAUUAAGACUCUCAAGAAUGAGAGUGGUAUUUGGAUUAAUAACAUUGUUGCUUUGAAAUCCAUGAUUUUUGAUUAUUUUGUGGAACACUUUCAGAGUACUCCAACUAUCCAACUGGAUCAUUGGAAUAACCUCACUCUUGAUGUGAUUAGGCAGGAGGAUAAUGAUGAGUUGUCUAGGGAGAUCACUAGGAAUGAAAUAUGGAGGGCUGUGAAAAACAUUAAGGCCUUCAAAGCCCCUAGCCGAGAUGGUUUCCAAGCUAUUUUCUAUCAUAACUAUUGGGAGACUGUUGGUCCCACUGUGUGUGAGUUUGUCAAAAACUACAUUGCUACCAGCUCCAUACCCCAUCAAAUCAAUAGAACUCUCAUUGCUCUUAUUCCCAAAAUUGAGAACCCUGAGACUAUCAAAUAG